AUGGCUCCGGGAGUUCGGAAUCCAAAAGCAAGAAUCAUACCAAAUAAUUCUCGGCAGAGUCUCAUGGAACACAUGACAAAUACAGGAGCUUUAGCAAAGAGUAAAACCCGACAAUCUGAGAAAACCGAUUCGGCAUCAGACAAAGUGAACAAGGGAUUGCCAAUAACUGAUGGUUCGUCUAUACGAAGCGCAAAAUGCGAAUCCGACGUUCGAGGGAAACAUGGUAACUAUUUGGCCUCAGCCUCCUCAAUCUUAGCAAAAGAAGAGUACUCUUAUGCCAGAAAUUCAGACUCCUCAAACUCGAAAAAUGAUCUGCAAAAUCAAAGUCAGCAACAUGGAAGCAAUCCUGAUCCUCCAUCACAUCAGAGAAAUCAACAUCGUCAAUCACCUCAGGCAGAUAUCAUUGGUACCCUUCACGUUGCCAAGCAGAACCAUCGUCACCAGCAGGCCCUUGCCGGCGAUCCUCCACAGCGGCCAUCCAUCGCUGGUGCCACCCGCGGCGUUCCUCGACGGCGCCCUCUUCCUAGCGACGAGUCACGACCGGCGUUUUAUGCAACUUCCAACGAACCCAGCAGCAACUCCGGCGAGCCCUUCUCGUCCGCGAGUUAUCGUCACGAUCAUUUUCGGUGA